CCGCCCCUGCCGGUCUAUUGUGAGUCGGCGUUCAACUGGAAACCACUCUUCCAGACUCGGCACCAAAGUGGCGCAACACGACAUGCACAGCUGAACGAGUGUGCGCCUUUGAAGAUGUUUGAUUGUCAACCAUCAAUUUCUGGUUGAGUGACAAGCCUGCUGUCCAAUCGCCAACAUGAUAGCCACAGGUGGCCUGCUGCGCAUGAACAGGCGCCAGGAUUCCCUCCGCUCUAAAAACCGAGCGGAAAACAAAAGGAAGCGGAAAUCCAAGAAAAAGAAGAAGAACGAUGUGGUGGUGGUAAAGGGGAAGCUCAAUCUGUGCUCCCCGGCCGGUUUUGUGGCUGCUGUGGGAGUUAUAGUUCUCAUGGUGGGGAUUUCCAUGGCAGUCCUGGGCUACUGGCCCAGCCAGAACCAGCAGCAGUACCAGGAGCGCCGCAGAACUGGAGGAUACCACGCCAACAAGAUGAGCUACUCCAAAAGUCCACCUGUUUCCUCUAACUUGACCCAUAAUAAGCCUCCCUCCGGACAGACAAGUUUAUUCAACCAGAGCCAUUCUAACAGCAGCGCCCCCGACUCCUCCCGCCACUGUGGUUUCCUGUGUGACUUCCUGAAUAAUUACCUGUACUCAGACAAUCUAAAAGUCUUCGGACCACUGGUGAUGGGAAUCGGCAUUUUCCUCUUUAUCUGCGCCAAUGCAGUCCUCCAUGAAAACCGAGACAAGAAAACCAAAAUCAUCAACCUUAGGGAUAUCUACUCCACCGUAAUAGAUCUACACAGCAUACGGUCAAAGGAGUACUCGCCUCUAAAUGGUUUGGUGAACUACACGCAGUCGAGGAGUGCUGAGGGCCCGUCAGGCUCAUUCCCUGCAAGCGGGAUGCUUACCCGCAGCUCCUGGCCCUCCACUGGACUCAGUUUCCAGAGCGAGUUAGGUGGCGAUGAUGUGUUCAGACGGCCGUCGUUGGCCAGCAGGCCUCGGAGCUGGUCCCGAGAUGUCCAGACCUUCACGGACACUGUCUACAGCAUCUACAAAGACUACAGCAAUAGCAGCGAGCAGGCCCCGCAGCCGCGACAAUGGGAGACCACCUCCAUCGUCACCUCCUCUGUGAACGCUUUCACCCUCCCUGUGAUCAAACUGAACAACUGUGAGGUGGAGGAGUCUGAGAGAGCGGAGCCAGAGGGACAUUCAGAGGAAGGGGUCGUUAUUGAGGCUGCUGCUGAAACCAUCAGCGAGGAAGGACAAGCCAGCAGCAGCCAGACCGACGAGACGGACGCCAAGGAGAAGGACGCCUCAACGGCAACAACAACAGAUCCCCCCCUGCCCCAUCAGAGCCACGAGGACAUAACCACAGACACAGCUGACCAACAGGGGGUGCCGCAGGCUCAGCCUCAACCACAGUGGACCCAGUUGUUUCCUCCACCUUCACCUGUUGCCAGGGUGAUGGGUUCACGGCUGUCGCUCAACUCCCUCACGGAUCAGCCCAGGUCUGCACGCCGCUGCAGCCUGUCUGUGUCUGUGGGUCGUCAAGGCGACAGAGCCAGGCGCUUCAGCUGCCCUCGUCUGGAGCGCUCCAACAGUAAGGGCUACAUCAAACUGGCAGACCUGGGGGGCGAGUCCUUCGAAGCCCCCGACACAGACACUUCUUUAGUGGCCUCCGAACAGGAAGUAGCAUUGGAUGCAGCAGCAGCAGCAGCAGCGGAGGAAGAAGCUCAGGGAUAGGAUAAUCUGGUGACAGCCAGCACCUCUACAGAAUCCUAGACUCAAUUUUUUGCUGAUGAGCCUCUGAAAACUGUCUGAUGUCUUGUUCUUUGCUUCGUCCUUCUUCUCUGAUUGCUUAUGUGAAGUUGGCUAUUACAGAGGAAAGACAACGUGGAAAGUAAGCAGCUAAGGACUAUUGAAACAUAGCCAUGAACACUCAAGAGCAAGGCUCUUUAUAAAUACCACAUCCACAGCUCAAUAUUCAGAUGUAAUUUUUCUAUUUUUUCAAUGUAGCAAGAGCAAUACUAAAGACUUGUAAGACGAUUUAGUAAAGAUUUGUAACAAAAAAAAGAAAAUCUGAUCUGAUGGGUUUGAAUUUUUCUUUCGUAUAACAGUAGGGAAACCAUUGUAGCUUAUAGAAUUGCCAAAACUGUCACUGAGAACUACUGUCUGACACGUUGUACUGUAGCAUUAAAAUAUGCCACAGAAAUCUAAAUAGUCUAGAAUUGUUUCUCUACAUUGUGAUGUGAAUACCACGUGAAUAGGUGAACUGAAUUGAAUCUCAGGUAGACGUUUGGUUUAGGAUCGGGACCUUGAGGACAAGGUCUUCCCUAUGUGCACACUUGUUUAUAUGAAACAUUCAUGGUUGAAUAAACUUGACUGUAACACCUCCUGUCAGGUCUAAUAGGUGUCCUUGUGUGAUAUUAGAUUAAAUGCAGCCAAUGCAAAACGGUUUGUUUGCUCCAAAUAUUUUAAGAAACAUUAAAUGAAAACGUUGAAAA